CGCCCUUCGUCACUCGUCUCGGUCCGCCAUGUCGCCCGCGCCCAAACCCACUCUCGAGCGUAACCCGUCGUCCCUCGAGCGCGUCCCGCUCUGCUGGGGUCACCGCGGGGCCUCGGCCGCCUUCCCCGAGAACACGCUCGCCAGCUUCGAGGCCGCCAUCCGCGACGGCGCAGAAGGCAUCGAGUCCGACGUCCACAUCUCGGCCGACGGCGAGAUCCUCGUCUUCCAUGAUCCUCGCGUCGACCGCACGACCGACGGCACGGGCCGCAUCGCGACGCAGAACUACCACGGCGGCCUCGACCAGCUGCGCACGGUGCAGGCGCCGCACCAGAAGAUCCCGCUCCUGCGCGAGACGCUCGACCUCUUGAUGCAGCCCGCCAACGAGCACGUCCUCCUCAACAUCGACGUCAAGGUCGACAACGACCCGGAGCGCCUGUUCACCAUCAUGAAGGACAUCAUCUCGUCGUACCCCGAUUUUGAGACCAAGCUCGCGCCCCGACUGCUUCUCGGCCUGUGGCACCCCAAGUACGUCGAGCCGGCGCAGCGCCUCCUGCCCGACGUGCGCCGCGCCCACAUCGGCAUGUCGCCCGCGCUCGCGCGCAAGUACUUCUGGGACGCGUGCUGCACGUUCAGCAUGAGCUUUGCGAGCAUGGUCAACUCGGAGGGCGCGUCGUUCCGCGACGAGUGCCGCAAGGCCGGCAAGGAGAUCACCGUCUGGACCGUCAACGACCGCCGCGAGAUGAUCGAGGCGACCAAGUGGGGCGUCAAGGCGAUCCUGACGGACCGCACCAAGGCGCUUCUCGAGCUGCGUCACGAGAUGGAGCAGGACUGGGACAAGGUCGCCAAGGAGACGAGCAGCCUCUUCUCGUGGACGAGCUUCUGGUACCUCGGCAUCGCCAACUACCUCAUCUCGUCGUGGGAGGCCUACCUCCUCACCAAGGUCGGUGGCGCCUUCUACCCGGUCCCGCCUUCGCCGACGCUCAAGCCUGUCGCCGCACCGCCGCCCGUUCCCGCCGUCGUCGCCAAGGUCGGCGCAUAGCCCUCGCUCCCCAUACCCUCUCCCCCCUCUCCUCUCCUCGUUCAUAGACCUCCCUCUCUGCCUCUCUCGACCUUUUCGUGCCCCGUGCCCCGUCUCGUCCCCCUUGUUGCGACCCCUGCCUCGUUUCUCCCUCUUUCUACUUUUCGCCGUCGCCCUCGACUUGUGUACGUCCUCACCCUCUUUCGGUCUCUCCUCCCUCUUUGCUUAGCUCCCCCUUCCCGCCUUCUCGUCCUCGCCGCUGCGGCGACUGCAUGUAGACGCCCCUGCUCUUCCUGAAUAUGAAUCCUUGCGACUCUCC